AGACGCGGGCUGAAGUCACCGCACCCUCAGCAAGCCACACUUUCGAGAGGCACGGGAGACUUGCUAGCGGGGUGUUGCUGCUCGGUUACCCACCUAGGUGCACCCGCGUUACUUCCAACCUCUCGCCAGCCCGCUGCGCGAGGUCUCUUACCAUUGCAGGCCGUUACGCUAGCCCGGUCAUUCGCUCAGUAUGGCUGCGGUAGCGUCACCCCUUCUGAGCGGCGUUGCAUCCAGCUUUCGCCAAGAGCGAGGCCAGCCGAGCGACCGCAAUGCUAGCGCAGCUAGUCCAGCAGCGAAUAUGACGUCCAAGCCUUCGAGUCCUGCUGCACCCGAGGAUGUCCCUGAAGACAUUUUGGAGGACUCCGAGUUUGUGGAACCUGUUUGCGGAGGUUGCAAGAAAAUGAUCGAUGAGGAAUCAGCAGAGCAGGGAGUGAUUCAAUUUGCAGCACAAUUAUGGCAUGUCGACUGCUUCAGAUGCGCCAAAUGCCAGAACCCCGUCUCAACGGAUCGUGAUGACAUUCUACUGCUAUCGGACGGACACCCGAUUUGUGGUCAAUGCAAUUACUCCUGUCAGAUUUGCGGCUUGCCCAUCAUGGAGGAGGCCAUCAUGACUGGUGACGAGUCGUAUCACGCAUCUUGCUUCACUUGCCGGUCCUGCCAUACGCCGAUUGAAGAGCUUGUAUUUGCCAAGACGAGUCAGGGCAUCUAUUGCAUGUCCUGUCACAAUGAACGCGUGGCAAGAAGCCGGAGAAACGCCGCCAACAAGCGCAGCAAGGCCAAGCAGCAACAGCAACAAUCCUCCAAGGCUUCGUCGUCUCGCGAUAGGCAGGGCUCCGCUCCACCGACAAACGACUUGCGAUCUCCGUCAGCUCAGGGACACGCAUCACCAUCGCCAAGCAAUCUAGACGGCUUAUCUCAAGGGGUCAAAGGUAGUUCUCAAGACGAUCUGCGUGCCCAUUCUAACGAGAGUACGCAGGACUCUGAAACUCAUCGAGAGUUGCAGACAGGCAGCCCGUGGCAAGGAUCUUCACAGGGCAAAGCCUCGGCUGGACCUUCUAAAAGACCAACUGCACCUCCUGCAGCGCCGACUCUGCGUGAGCUUCGGGCGGCGGCGGCAGCUGGGAACAUGAACGGGCUGCAGGGUUCGAGUUCAGGCGUUUCGCCAGGUGCGAGCAAGGUGGGGCAGGCGGACGGAGCAACAUGGACAAAGCACAACAUUAAUGGGAGCGGUGAUGGCAUUAUUUCGGAAUUAGCUAAAGCCGCUUCAUCUCAUACGCGGACCGUAAGCGGCUCGAGCAGCAUACGUAAUGAGACAUUGCUGGACGUCAGCCCCAGCAAUAACGAUGGUUCGCAAACAGCACGCUUGCCUUCUAAAAAUUCUAGCGUUGGACUAGGUAUACAAGAUCGAAACGCCGCACCUUCCAGCGCACCCCCAUCUACGAAUACGUAUGGAGCGCGUGAAGCAGAGUCGGCCAAUCGAACGAGGACGUCCACCGAACAAGCCACAAGCUUUGCACCUCGUAGUCGUUCAGGCUCUAAGGCCAGUCAGACCUUAUCACCACCCACCGAUAGUCUUACAGUGGCGUACGGCUCUCCGAAAGGCAAUUCGGAACGUCUCUCCAAAGCCUUCAGCUUCUACGACCCAGAUUUUGUCAGCCUCAUGGACUCUUUUGGCAAAUUUGGGGACGCAGACGAGAGCACCUUGGAGGCGCUGCGGAAGUCGCCUGCGAGCAAGAAAGUAUUGCCUCUCGCCACGCGUUCACCCAGACAGCAUAGCCGCGAUGUCCCGUCGACCCGAUCUGCCGAGCCCGCCGUGUCAGCUCUUCGCGGAGUCGGCGAGGAGGGGAGCAGCAGCACCGAUAGUAAUGCAGACAUCGACUUAGAGGGAUCUAAGGACGAAGAGGAGGAAGAUGCCAGUGCUUUGCAAAGCCCCAAAGGGGCGGACAAUGCACGAGCUAAGGUGCGAGAGUCCAUGCGGGAGGCUCGGGAUGGUCGCAUGGACGUCGAUACCGCCUUUGUCGAAGCGAUUCUCAAUGACCUGGACGACACCAAGGAACGCAUGAAGACUUUGCAACAUCGUUACGAUAAGAUGAAGCGCGCGAGUCAGACAGCCGCACGUGGCUUCUCAUCGGCACGGGACGAGUACGAGGCGGAGGUGCAGGCGAGAUUCGAAGCCGAGUCCGAAAUGCUCCUUCUGAAGAAAAAGCUUGUCGAGCAGUCUUCAAAGCUUGCUGAGAUAUCCACCGAGAAGAAGAAAGCUGAACAUCUGCAGCGCCGUUCUCACCAGGUGAAGUCGACGCUGCAGGGUAUGGAACGGGACAUCGCAAAGCUCUCAGCCGAGCGCGAUCUACACGUGGCUGAAGUCGCAGAGCUGGUCGCAAUGCGCUCAGAGAGGCAGUCGAGCGGAGGCGAGUCUUUGAAGGUGCAGGAAACCGGAUCUGCAUCUGAUCUUCAGCGGAACCUGAGCGUCAGACUGGAGGGCGUCAAGGAGAAGUAUCGCAAAGAGAUCGAUGAGCUCACUUUCGAGCGUGACGCGCUAAUGAUUGAGAUCGAAGAGCUCAAGCAAUCGCGCGACGUCUUCUUAGAAGAGUCGCAAACCCUCAAUCAUCGAAACGAAGAGCUCAAUGGCAUUCUGACUCAGCUGACACGCAACGUCGAGGCGGCACAGGUCCGCGCCGAUCAGCAGGCAUUCCAACAGCAAUUCAGAGAAAACCUCCCGCCAGUGCCACGAGAUCUGCGAGAACGCGCCAUGUCUGGAGCUGGUGGAAGAUCCCCAGGCGGUAAACUAGGCACAGGAUCUCCUUCCGUGUCGUCUCUUAACGCGGACACCCUGACAUCGGCUUCGGCUAGCGCUUCCGACACGACCAUUCAAACGGGAACGUCUCUACAGCGCGUCAUGCCAAUAUCAAAGAUAGAGGCAGCGCCACCGAAGAAGUUCAAAUGGAUGAAGCCGAAAUUGCAGGAUGCAGCAAGGGUAGCAGUCGCUGCUGCAUCUAUGCCGCUUGGUCAGUCUCCUCCUGUGCCCCCGAAGUCGAUGAACGGUUCUAGCGGCGCUGGCUCCGAAAAGUAUCAAGGCUCUGCCUCCGCAGUCCAAAAUUCUUUGGCGCAUCAACAAGGACGCGACAAUGCUCGCAACGCAUCGAACGAGAUCGUGGUGCGAGAGCACUUAUUCCAGCCAUUCUCAGCGCUGCGACCCUUGCGAUGCUUUGCGUGUCAGAAGAGUAUGUGGGGCCAAUCGGAAGUACGAUGCGCUCUCUGCGGCCAAGCCUGUCAUCAGCGGUGUCUUCAGAGUCUGCCCACCUCGUGCAAUCAACCCUUUACUCGAGGAGAGGACAUUCACGAGCCAACGGGGCCCUCAAUGUUUGGCAGACUACUCGUCGACCAGGCAGCUGCAGAAGGUCGAGAUGUUCCUAUUGUCGUCGAAAAAUGCAUCUCUGCUGUCGAGGCCAUGGGCAUGGACUACGAGGGCAUCUACAGGAAGUCAGGUGGCACUUCACAGCUGCGUGUCAUUACCCAGCUCUUCGAGCGCGGUCAGCCAUUUAACUUGGAAGAUGUGGACCGCUUCAACGACGUGUCUGCAGUCACUUCGGUCUUGAAGAAUUACUUCCGCGAGCUUCCGGAACCUUUGUUGACCUUUGACCUACAUGAAGACUUCAUUCGUGCUGCGGAGCUCAAGGGCGAUCCAGGCGCGCGCGAGGCGGAAAUACGAGAUUUAGUACAGCAACUCCCUCGUCAGCAUUUCAACACUCUCCGAGCUCUCAUCAAGCACCUUCACCGGGUGCGGCUGUCCAGCGAAGAGAAUCGCAUGACCGCUAGGAAUCUAGGCGUGGUUUUCGGACCAACUCUGAUGCGCUCUGGAGAUCCGUCUAAGGAAUUCGCACACAUGGGAGGGAAGGCCAUGACUAUCGAGUACAUGAUUGAAAAUCCCGAGAUCUUCAACUCGCUUCGUUGAACACAUGAUCUCCUGGAGAGAUGCACGCUUGUGUUCAGCAGCUUUCACGACCUACUUGGCCCGUCUCAACUCUCGGUCUGAGACGUGCUCUCAAAUUUCUCGAGCACCACUUUUGCAACUUGAUACCACACCUUCACACUCACACGCACCCUGCGGCUGCUUUA